ACCCUGCAAGAACGUCUUAAAAGCGUUAGAAGCUCUAUCGACAGGUGUAUAAGCUCUCCCGAAGCCAGUUCUGGGCUUUGCUCUCGCGCGGCCCCUUAGCACUGCCCGAUUGCUCCGAAAGCUCUCAGGUCAGAACGCAGCGCCUUAAGCAGUAGCUGCAAGCAGCCAUAGGCGCAACAGCCGCAACCACACAAGCCCCGCGACAGCGGACAGCUGCGACUCUGCAGCAGAGCCGGGUCCACAUGCCGACCCUGGGCGUCAGUAGCAGCGCCGCGGCGGGCCGCCCCGGCGGCGGCGGCGGCAGUGGCGGCGGCGGCGGCAGCAGCGGCCCGGGACUGGGGGGCCCGCCGUCGCUGCGGCAGUAUCACUCGCCGCUGCGGCGCUGGGUGUGGGCGGCGGUGUGCGCCAACCUGGCCUGGGCGGGCGUGUUCGCGGGGCUGUGUGCCGCGUCCUACAAGGUGGAGACAGGGGAGGGGAGGGGAGGCGUGGGCCAGGGCUUCAAUGCAGCUGUGAGUCAGCUGGCGGCGGUGAAGGACGCAAGUGACCGCGCGGCGGCGGCGGGCGGUGACGAGGCGGCGGCGGCGGCGGAGCAGGCUUCGGGACUGCCUCCCGGGACCAAGGCCAGCGACUGGCAGGCGCUGUUUGCCGCGGCGGCGGUCAGCGCGGCCUUUGCGGUGGCGCUGACCAUCCUGUUCCAUGCCUGUGCGUUAGCUCUGCUGCUGUGCUCCUUCAAAAGCCUAGCUGACCCGCACCGCCGCUUCGGCCGCGGCUUUGUGGCGGCGGCGGCGGCGUGUGUGGGGCUGCACACACUCAACAUAGCGCUGCAGUUCCAAGGCUACGGCCCCACACUGGCCACGUGGCGGCACCGCCUGUCCGCCGCCGCCGCCGCCGCCGCCUCCUCCGGCUCCCCCUCCUCCUCCGCCGCCUUCAACCCGGCGCUGCUGACCGCCACGCUGGCCUUCGGCUGGCUGUCGUUCCUCAACUACUCCGCCCUGGCCGUGCUGCUGUUCUUCUGGAACGACCCGGUGGAUGUGUACCUGUUGGACCGCUCCCCCGCCGGCGCGCUGUAGCAGCACUUCGGGAAAGAGGGAAAGGCAGUAGCAGGCAGCAGCGCGGGCAACUGGAGAGGCCACCGCCACCGACAGUUGCGGUGUUGCACUCAUGAUGCGUGGGUUGUGACACCUGCGGCCUGCUGCGGCUGGCGGCGACCAGCGUUUGGCACGUGCAUUACAGAAGACGGGGACACAAGGGAAGGAAGGUGUCGACCCCGUGCAUGCAACUGCGCGUGGGGGACGGUGGGGUGACGUGGGAGACGGGAGCCGGCUGAAGGGGUGAGACGACGACGUUUGAUGACAGUGCUAGUGGCCUAGUGCUGGACUAUGGGAGGCAUGUACAACACCUGAUACUGGGGUUGACUAUGGGCACACCAACAAGCCGACAUGGUGACGGAGGCCAGCGGCCGCCGACGCAAGGGUUGGGUAUGGGGCGUGUGCCAUGCGGGUUGCGGAGGUGGUGGCGGCGGCCGUCUGCGAUGUAGGGUGUUCCACUGCAUGUACGGACAAAGGCUGCGGGUACGGACACAGACACGGCGGUAAACCGGCAUGGCGUUGAGGCACAGUGGCUCCCCGGCGACCGAAUCUCAAAUAUAA